GGAAGCUUCGCACGCGGGGUGGCGGCGGGACAUGGAUCCUGAGGAGGAGAUGCCCGAACUGUCCGACGGGGAAGGUGCCUGUGACGAGGAGGAGGAGGAAGAGGAAGAGGAAGGUGCUGCCGUGGCCCAGCAGACCUGCUGCCUCUUCUGCGACAGGUCGUUUAGUUCUGCUGAAGCUGUGUUUUCCCACUGCAAAACAGAGCAUCAGUUUGAUGUUAGUGAUGCGAUCCAGAAACACGGACUCAAUUUUUAUGGAUACAUUAAACUAAUAAACUUCGUCAGAUUAAAGAAACCAUCUGGAGAAUAUUUAAGUUCUCUCAGCAGUCCACUGCCUUGGGAAGGAGAGGAAUAUUUGAAACCAGUACUGGAAGAUGAUCUCCUGCUUCAGUUUGACAUAGAAGAUCUUUGUGAACCUGUAAAAGUUUUGCCUUCUAAUGGUUUAAGUGAUACCAUGGUGCUCCUUGAACAAUUAAAACAUGCGGAACUCAGAGCCAGAGCUGCAGAAGCAGCCUUGGCUAGAGCACAAGAUGAUCUUCAGAAAAUGAAACAAUUUGCUCAGGAUUUUGUGAUGAACACAGAUGUCAGGAGCAGCUCGUCAUCCAGUGCCAUUGCAGACCUUCAGGAGGACGAUGAUGGCGUUUACUUCAGCUCCUAUGGGCAUUAUGAGAUACAUGAAGAGAUGCUAAAGGAUAAAGUCCGUACGGAGAGCUAUCGUGACUUCAUCUAUCAAAACCCACAUAUCUUCAAGGACAAGGUGGUUUUGGAUGUUGGCUGUGGAACUGGAAUACUCUCCAUGUUUGCUGCCAAAGUAGGUGCCAAGAAAGUGAUUGGAGUUGACCAAUCUGAAAUCAUUUAUCAGGCCAUGGACAUCAUUAGAUUAAAUAAACUUGAAAAGAUUAUUACAUUAGUCAAAGGAAGAAUUGAGGAAGUUGAUCUGCCUUUGGAAAAAGUGGACAUAAUUAUAUCUGAGUGGAUGGGUUAUUUCCUUCUCUUUGAGUCAAUGCUGGAUUCUGUCAUCUAUGCAAAGGACAAGUACCUGGCAGAGGGAGGCUCAGUUUAUCCUGAUCUGUGUACCAUCAGUCUGGUAGCUGUUGGGGACAUGAAUAAACACGUGGACAAACUGCUUUUCUGGGAAGAUGUGUAUGGCUUUGACAUGUCUUGUAUGAAGAAAGCUGUCAUUCCAGAAGCUGUUGUUGAGGUGCUGGAUCCAAACACACUGGUAUCUACAGCCAGUGUUAUUAAGCAUAUUGACUGUAAUACUGCAUCCACUCCAGACUUGGAAUUCUCUUCAGAUUUCACCCUGAGCAUUACAGUGAGCACACAGUGCACGGCAAUUGCUGGUUACUUUGAUGUAUUUUUUGAGAACUGCCACAACAAGGUCUUGUUUUCAACUGGUCCCCAGUGUACCAAAACACACUGGAAACAGACGAUUUUUCUCUUGGAGAAGCCAAUUCCUGUAGAAGCAGGAGAGGCCCUGAGAGGAAAGAUCACAGUCCGCAAAAAUAGAAAGGAUCCACGGUCCCUCUUCAUCACCCUCUCAGUGAAGGACGCACAGCAGACCUACAGCCUUCAGUGAAACUCUGUGCAUGUCUGGGAGGGGUUCCAUUAAAAGGCUGCAUCUGACUGCUGAUAACAGUUCUGAAAUAUGCAAAAAUGGUAAACUCUUGGGUUUCUGUGUGUGCACACAAGAAUAUGGAAAAGUUACCUACAACUGAGAUAUACAACAAAAUCUCAUUCGGCUACUUUACGUGGUGUGAGGAAAGCAAGAAGGAUGGUUUGGGUUACCUGAGACUGCUAGGUGAGAGAAAAAAUGAGCCUAAGGUCUUGCUGUAAGGUACAAUAAAUAUGAUCUCUCAAUAAUGUUUUAUUCUUUCACUGGCAAAAUGCUUGUAUAGUAUUUUCUUUAUGAAAGAAGCAGCUAAAUCAUAUGUCAGUGCACUUCAGCAGUAGCUGGAAAAUCCCAGUGGGAAUAAUUCCAACUGCAGGAUUGCCACAACAAAGUUGUUAUUUUUACUACACUUCUGCAGUUGAAAAGUUGUACACAUUUCAGUUACAUUUGUCUAAAUAAAUGAACCCAGCGUGAUAUAUAAUGCA